GUAAACGCACUGAGAUUCAGACAAAUCAUCAAGGUUGAUUCCCGGAGCAGCAGCAAUACGUUGUGACAUCCGAAUCGAAAUGCUUGCACAUAGAUAGUAUUCUAGACACUGAUGAAUUGGUCGAGAUAUGCUAGCGGUCAGAACGACUGACCAGGGGGAAAUAAAUAGUAACAUAUGACGGACUGCCUGGUGGUUCUACAACACUGUUGAUUCUCGCUCACCUCGGACAAGAGACGAUUAUAACCGGCUCUGGUUUUACCUUACGACACAGAUAGCCUGCAGUGGACAUAAUCGCACCAUUUCCCUGCUUACUUGGAAACUUGCUUACGCCAUCUCCGUCAUUGUUUUGAUGUCAUCCUUAUUCAAUACGCCGCAUGUAAGUCGCGCUUCGGUACAGUUACAUUCUAGAAUGAGUAACUACCGACUUGGUGCAAUGUGGUAUCUUUAUUGCACCUACCUAGAACGGAUGAGCCACAGUAAAACGACAUUCAAGCAAACCGAAAAUCCCAUUACCAGAACAUGAGGAAGGUGUUGCGAAUCCAAGGCAAAUUUGAUCGAUGCGAAUUCCAUGGACUGCUCAAAAGGGCGGUUUCUCAGGUGCUGGAGAAGGCACUAUAGUAGGCGGAAUAGAAGCACCAUGACUUCUCAUUCACCGAUGGAGCACCUUGACCAAACGGAGUCUCAUUUCUUACUUCCUGACAUGAAUAACAGCAUAGACGCUGCACCGGAAACGCCUUUCGCUAAAUGCACAGAUAUUGAUUUGGAUCAGAAUUCUAAUCAGGGCGCUGAUGACAAUCCCUGCUCCGUUAGUGCUGUGAAUCCUAGUCGCCGUGAUUCACGCAUAAAACCUGAAACCAUCCUAGCUCGCGUAGGUUCCUUCACAAGUAUCACGGGACCUGUGAGCUUGGAGGAUAUAUUCGAAUAUGAGUGGGCUGAUAGUGAUUCAGAAGCACCCAAUGACAAUUCGAAGGAAUCAUAUGUCGUCCAGGAAGUAUUGGCUGAUUACUUGAAGAUUAAAUCGUUCAAGCGCAAGUACCCGGAUUUAUCGCGACGCACUAUGGACGCUUACGAACGAUCGUGGCUCCAGCAAGAGGGUCUUGUCCCACCAGGUAGAGCUGAUCUGGGUUUGACGGCUCUUAGGACAGAUGAGGUGAUGAAGCUACUUCAAUUAGACUAUCCGGAUGUUCAUAACGCACUCAACGACCUCUUUCGUCGCCGUCGGUUCCAGCAGGCUGCUGAUUUACAAAAGCGUCAGUAUGAGGCUGCUCGUAUUGAACGUGGCGAGGCUCGCGCCGAGGCUGCUCGACGACGUGCUUUGGAUUCUGCGGCCGAUUUCAAUCACCGGCUAAUCAACGAACGCUUAACUAACCGUCGUUGCUACUGGGACUUGCAAACUAUGCAAAUACAUUUGCCUCAACGAGUCUACAAGCUGCUGGAACCGCGUCAUCACUCUAAAGGGGCUUAUCCAGUUGCCGUGAUCCCCGGACAGUUUGCCGAACACUAUGAAGUCUACACACCGAAACAGUUGAUGCACUUUCCUCUUUCCCGAUGUCUGUACUCCCAGCCAAGUAGAAGACAUCGCGAGCCACCCCCACUUCCAACCGAUCUCCGUUUUGGAUCUCUUCGGCCCCCGGUGGUGAGCUUACCGGAACCAGUUCCCAGGUCCGCCGCUGAUGAGAUUGAUACCACAGACGGGUCAGCGGCGUGCAUGCGCACUACGACCAAAGACUUCAAGACUGAAGACGGACACGACACGAAAACAUCUUUAUCCGGUGAGCCUGACGCUGCCUCUGUCGUGACCAGCGGAAGCCGGGGUACUGUGAAACCAUGUGGGAAAUCGUCGAAUACGGAAACAGUUCAAUGUAUGAUCUGUAAACAGGACGCCGAAGUGUAUCUAACCUGCGCUGAAUGUGGCCAUACCGGACAUCUGAAGUGCUUAGAAAUAUCUGAAGAUAUGCUCUCCAGUGUGAAAAGCUAUCAGUGGUCGUGUAUGGAAUGCAAACGUUGUGUGGAAUGCUCAGAUUCCGGACACGAAGAACAAAUGAUGUUCUGUGAUCUUUGUGACCGUGGAUAUCAUGCGUUCUGUGUUAGCUUGAAGAAAAUCCCACAAGGACGUUGGGAAUGUCCGCUGUGUACCGGAAAGCCGAUUGCUCUGGUUAAGAAACGCUCUCGCACUCGCAACCGCGCUCGAACUCGUACAUCCAAGACUCACAGAUCUCGUUCCACAUCGACCGGUACCAGGAAACCAAGGAAACCUAGGAAGAGCUUCGCUGAUAUCUCUCUUGUUAUUGGUAACAAUCAAGAGGCGAAACCUAAACGGAAGCCCAGAAAGAGCAAGAAAAAGAUUGCGCAAGACGCAGUUAUGGCGGACACUUCCGUGUCCACCCCAGCUACUGUGGCGGACACAAUUGACGGAUUCCAUCCCAGCCCGCCACCUGUCCCUACACCCGAGAAACGUAAACGAGGUCGCCCCCGCUUGUCCGAUGUUGACUCUUCAUCCACCAAACGGCCAAGACGACCUAGACAGCGGAAAAGAGCGAAACCAGAGGUUCCCGAUGUUGUUUCUGACUUGAAUUUGCGGGCCGAUACCUCGUCGCCUGUUCAUCAUUCAACGGAAUCUCGCUUAGUGAGAAGUCCAGAACACCGUCCCACUUCCUCUCCUGCCCGUACGCCGGCUGAAAGUGACGCCGAGCAGACUUCGAAGGUGGAUACUCCCACCACAGAGGAAGAAAUCACCACACUUCCCACACUCUCUCCAUCGUAUGGUAAUACAGCAGAGCCCAAGGAACUUCCCGAAAUCACCCACUCGCCUACAGGCUGAUAACCCUCUGUUGUCUUGCCGUCUUCCUGUCCAUACAGAUCCACUUGUAUCUUAUAUAUGUCCGUUGUUGUAUUAGUUUUUCCAUCAUGCUUGUACAUAUUUGACUUUGGUUCCACACUAUACUUUUGUUCAUCUUCUUUGUUGUUGCUGUGUAUACCUUAGCUUUCUUCGUGUUUUCAAGUUCCAAUCUCCAUCCCAUUGUUUAAUCCUAUCAUUUCCUAAACCGUAUCAUCAGACAGUCCAUUUGGCUUGGCUUUUUUUUACCUCUUCAUCGAGUGACGAUGUAGCGGUCGAUACCAUGAAUUCUUCUGGACUUCCCGUCUCGACCGCAGCUGCGUGGCACUGAUACUUUUUUCCUGUUCGUGCACACGAUAGUGUGUUUAUCGCUUUUCGCUCUCCGGGCACCUAUUUCCUGAGCAUUCGAACGCCGUUUUCCACUGAGUCUGUCGCUGUAAACGGUUACAUUCGACGCGAUUCGACCACAUCGCCGUUACAAGACCAUUGGUGGAAUCUU